UUAUCAGUUGAAGCUGAAUGUUGUGACUGAGUGCUCAGCUGGCCUACAGAUAAAGUCUAGUUUAAACAAAACAUGAUGAAAGGUCAACUGCCUCAAGCAACAACUGUUUUUCACACUUUUGUCAGGCUUUUACAUAUGCCUUCCAAACAGCCAAAAGUGAAGUAUGAUGCUGUCAUUGUAGGAGCAGGACAUAAUGGACUUGUAUGUGGAGCAUAUCUACAAAAGGCUGGCUGUAAUGUCUGCAUUUUAGAGCGGCGGCAUGUCGUGGGAGGUGCAGCUGUAACUGAAGAAAUCAUUCCUGGUUUCAAGUUUUCACGUGCAUCCUAUGUUCUCAGUCUUUUGAGACCACAAAUAUACAAGGAUCUUCAGCUUGAGAAUCAUGGGCUGAAAGUGUAUGAGCGCAAUCCAAACUUGUACACACCAUUGAGACCUGAUUUCUGGAAAUCAAACGGUCCUCGAUCUCUCACACUUGGUCAAGAUGACAGCUAUAAUAAAGAACAAAUUGCUAACUUUUCACAUCUUGAUGCAGAGAUUUAUGCAGAGUAUGAGCAGCAUUUAAUGAAGAUUGUGAAGAUUGUGGAGCCAUUCUUGGACACAUCUCCAACAGAUAUUGGGAAAAUAUUUAGUGAAAACAUGUAUAUAAAAAAAAUUCUGCAUGUCCUGUCAACACCAGAGUUAAAAAUUGCUGGAAGACAACUUCUGUCAUCUGCCAAUGACUUUCCUGCUCUAUGGGACUUCAUGACAGCUCCUGCUGGUAAAAUUUUGUCCCGCUGGUUUGAAUCAGAGCCUCUGAAAGCAACUUUAGCAACUGAUUCUCUUAUUGGAUCAAUGGUUGGUCCACACACACCUGGAAGUGGGUAUGUUUUGAUUCAUCACAUGCUUGGCCAAGUGAAUGGGAAAAUUGGUGCUUGGGGCUACCCAAGAGGGGGUAUGGGAGCUGUCUCAGAGUCUCUGGCAUCUGCAGCAAAGUCAUAUGGUGCUGAAAUCUUUACUUCUCAGGCUGUGGAAAAAAUAUUGCUUGACAGUUCAGGUGAAGCAAUAGGUAUCGUUACAACAGAAGGAAGAGAGAUUUUAGGCAAAAUUGUGCUCUCAAAUGCAACUCCUCAUAUUACUUUCUUACAGUUGUUACCAUCUGGAGUUUUGCCAUCUCAGUAUGAAUCAGCAAUUCGAAGCACUGAAUACUCAUCACCAGUUACAAAAAUAAAUGUGGCCCUCAGUCAAUUGCCAGAGUUUAUCUCAGAUCCCAGCACAAUUGGAAAUAAGCCAAUGCCGUUCCACAGAUGCACAAUUAAUCUUAACUGUGAAAAUGUGGACGUUCUCACGAAAGCAUAUGAAGCAGCAACAAAAGGAAAAAUUUCAGAGAGGCCCUUGAUAGAAAUGGUGAUACCAUCAGUUCUUGAUGACUCCUUAUGUCCAAAAGGCAGCCAUGUUUGUCUGCUGUUCACUCAAUACACUCCGUAUCACCUAGCUAAUGGCCAAGUGUGGGACAACACAACAAAGGAGAGAUAUGCAAAACUGGUAUUCGACAAUAUUGAGGAAUAUGCUCCUGGAUUCACAAAGAGUGUGAUUGGGAAAGAAAUUCUGAGUCCCCCAGACAUUGAAAAUGAGUUUGGACUCACUGGUGGUAAUAUCUUCCACGGGGCAUUAUCACCAGAUCAGUUACUGCUAGGGAGACCAGCCCCCGGAGGAGGUGGACCCUCUGCGCCAGCAGCACCUUUCACUCCUGUGCCACGCUUGCUGCUCUGUGGCAGUGGAUCCCACCCAGGAGGAGGCGUAAUGGGGGCUGCAGGGCUCAUCGCAGCCCGCAGUGCUAUUCGUCUUCUGAAAAAGUCUUAAACUGAUGGAUUAAAAGAUUUUACAGCUUUUCUGUUGUCAUACAUGUGGGUCUUGCUUACAGUCAGAUACAAUGUUGUGUGGCAGACAAGAACUGAAAUACACUGUACAUCUGAGACCAUAGAGCUUGAAAACAACUUUUAAAUGCUAAGUUGCUAAAUCUAGUUCCUCUUAAUACCUAGUGUUUCUUGAAGGCUAUUUAUUUAAUGAAAAGCUGAAGACUGAACCUCUAUAUUGUGUAGAAAAUACAUUCAUUAUGCAAAAUACAUCUGUGUGCAAAACUUUAC